CGGAGGGCGUGCCAGCGGGAGAGGCGAGCCGGGGGCGUGGCGCGGGCGGGCUCGGUGGGCCGGGGGCGCGGGCGGCGGGAAGCAGCGGGACUGGCAGAGCAGUCCCCAGGCGGCUGCAGGAAGGAUGUCGCAGCUGCCCGGCGCCCCGCGUCCGGCCGAUCCCUCCGAGCGGGGCUGCGUGCUGGGGCUGGACGUGGGCAGCUCGGUGAUCCGUGGCCACGUCUACGACCGCUCGGCGCGCAUCUGCGGCUCCAGCGCGCGCAAGAUAGAAAAUCUUUAUCCUCAAGCUGGCUGGGUAGAAAUUGAUCCUGAUGUUCUCUGGGAGCAGUUUGUAACUGUCAUAAAAGAAUCUGUCAAAGCCGCAGGAAUGGAGGUGAAUCAAAUUGUUGGUCUGGGUAUUUCAACGCAGAGAGCAACCUUCAUUACAUGGAACAAGAAAACAGGAAAGCAUUUUCACAAUUUCAUUAGUUGGCAAGACCUCAGAGCUAUUGAACUUGUAAAAUCUUGGAACAGUUCACUUUUAAUGAAGUUGAUACACGGCUCCUGCCGAGUGCUGCACUUCUUCACCCGGAGUAAACGCUUCUCGGCUGCCAGUUUGUUCUCCUUCACACCCCAGCAGGUUUCCCUGAGGCUGGCCUGGGUUCUGCAGAACCUCCCCGAGGUGAGAAAGGCAGUUGAGGAAGGAAAUUGCUGUUUUGGAACUAUUGAUUCUUGGCUGUUACAUAAACUCACAAAAGGUGCUGAAUUUGCAACCGAUUUUUCAAAUGCUAGCACAACUGGACUUUUUGACCCUUAUGAGAUGUGUUGGAGUGGGUUUAUUACAUCUCUGCUGUCCAUCCCGCUGUCUCUCCUGCCUCCUGUGAAGGACACGAGCCACCAUUUUGGAUCUGUGGAUGAAGAGUUACUCGGCGUGCCAGUACCAAUCGUGGCCUUGGUGGGUGACCAGCAGUCCGCCAUGUUUGGAGAGUGUUGCUUCCAGAUGGGAGAUGUGAAAUUAACCAUGGGAACAGGGACAUUCCUGGACAUUAAUACGGGAAGUAAUCCUCAGCAGAGUGUGAAAGGCUUUUAUCCAUUGAUUGGAUGGAAGAUUGGACAAGAAGUCGUGUGCCUGGCUGAGAGCAAUGCAGGAGACACUGGCAACGCCAUAAAAUGGGCUCAGCAGUUAGAUCUUUUCACAGAUGCCGCUGAGACGGAAAAAAUGGCCAAAAGUUUAGAAGAUUCCGAAGGAGUGUAUUUCGUUCCAUCUUUUAGUGGCUUGCAGGCUCCGUUAAAUGACCCCUGUGCCUGUGCCUCUUUCAUGGGCCUGAAGCCUUCUACCAGCAAAUACCAUCUGGUGCGAGCCAUACUGGAGUCAAUAGCGUUCAGAAACAAACAGUUAUAUGAGGUGAUGCAGAAAGAGAUUCAUAUUCCUAUAACAAAAAUCCGGGCAGAUGGCGGAGUUUGUAAGAACAGUUUUGUCAUGCAGAUGACAUCAGACCUGAUCAGCGAGGCCAUAGAUAGGCCUGUCCACAUCGACAUGUCCUGCCUGGGUGCUGCCUCGCUGGCCGGCCUUGCUGUGGGGUUUUGGGCUGACAAAGAAGAACUAAAAAGACUGAGACAAAGUGAAAUGGUUUUCAAGCCACAGAAGAAAUGGCAAGAGUAUGAACCAAGUAUGGAGAACUGGGUCAAAGCCGUGAAACGCUCCAUGAAUUGGUAUAAUAAGAUGUAGAACCACAGAGGCUGACUGAAACCAUAGAUGGAUAAUUGGUGGGACACACAGAUGGGACAGAGCUUGGGGACAGCCGACACGGUGACAACUGAGAAGAUUUUAAAAAUGCACUUUGCAACCUGAGAGAAAAAGUAUUGCUUCUGGGAGGAAAAAAAAUCUUUUUACAUUUGAACACAGGCAAGCAGAAUUACCUCAAAAUCUUGUCUUCUGUUUCUUAGCAAACUGUGGAGGACAUUAGCCAUUUCCAACCAUCUCUCAACCGCUGGUGAAUUCUCCUCCUUUUUUCUACUGGUCAGUGUGAUUGUAACACAUCACUGUUUACUGAGUUUAUAGUCCUGGGUAUAUCCCACCCACAAAGCAAGUGGGGAAAAUUCCGUACACUUAAAAGAGACGAACUGAGGAAAUGUGG